UCAUAAUCAUCUGGAGUAACGUAACAAGGAUCAAGGCAAUUGACAUCUAACAACCUUUUAUUUAUUCUCCUCUGCAGUAUCUAUCCUCUCUCUCUCUCUCUCUCUCUCUCUCUUUUCCAGCUGUCCUGAUAGAGGCUGUCACCAUUAAGAGUACUUCUCCAACGCUCCGGGAACCCCGCCGCCGAAAAUAAUUGAUUCCCGCCCGCCUUUUCCUCCGAGCCCAUCUUACCCCAUCCUUUCAACUCGAUUUGAGGAGGGAAACGCCUUGCAGCGAUCCUGUCGCUGAUACAGCCCGCGCACAGCAGCCAUGACACCGCCGGCCACAGUACAACCCUCGUUGGAGAUUGCGCGCGAUGUUGUUGCGCGGUCGAGAGGCGCCAAGUUCCCUCCCAAUCUCCUUCCUCUCUCUGCGUCCAUUCCGGCGGACCUGUUGACUCCGACGUUGGCGUAUUUGAAGAUUGCUGCGAAGUCGAAAUUGUCCUUCCUCUACGAGAGCGCGGCGACGACGGAGACGAUUGGGAGAUACAGUUUCGUGGGAGCAGACCCCAGGAAAGUGUUAAAGACCGGUCCCGGUCAUGGCCCUGAGUGCGAUCCGCUGCCACUCCUCGAGGAGGAGCUGGAUCAGUUCCGCGUUGCAACGGUACCAGGACUUAUCCUGCCUCCCUUGAACGGAGGAGCGAUUGGCUACGUGGGAUAUGACUGCGUCAGAUAUUUCGAACCCAAGACGGCCCGGCCGCUCAAGGAUGUCCUCGGUGUCCCGGAGUCGUUUUUCAUGCUAUUUGACACUAUCAUCGCGUUCGACCACUUCUUCCAGGUUGUCAAGGUCAUCACCUACGUCCCCAUCCCCGCGGAUGAUUCAGAACUGGAAGCUUCGUAUCGCAAGGGCCAGGAAGUCAUACAAAAGACUAUUGAUGUGCUGCUGCGACCAGACACCCCGCUGCCUCCGCAGCCGCCGAUCAAACCCAACCAGGAGUAUACGUCGAACAUCGGAAGGGAAGGCUACGAGAAACAUGUGACGAGUCUGAAGGAACACAUCGUCGUGGGCGAUAUCUUCCAGGCAGUGCCAUCGCAGCGUCUCGCACGCCCGACGACCUUGCAUCCAUUUAACCUAUUCCGCCACCUGCGCACGGUCAAUCCGUCGCCCUACUUGUUCUACAUCGACUGCGAAGACUUCCAGCUGGUGGGAGCCAGUCCCGAGCUUCUGGCGAAGGAGGAGAAUGGACGGAUCAUCUCCCACCCGAUUGCGGGCACGGUGAAGCGUGGUAAGACUCCGGAGGAGGAUGCUGCGCUGGCGGAGGAGCUGCGCGGCAGUCUCAAGGACCGCGCCGAGCACGUUAUGCUCGUCGACCUGGCGCGCAACGACGUCAACCGGGUGUGCGACCCCAUGACUACGCAGGUGGACCGAUUGAUGGUGGUCGAGAAGUUCUCUCACGUCCAGCAUCUGGUCUCUCAAGUAUCCGGUGUGCUCCGUCCCGGCCAGACUCGCUUCGACGCCUUCCGCUCCAUCUUUCCUGCAGGCACCGUGUCGGGUGCGCCGAAAGUGCGCGCCAUGCAGCUCAUCGCCGAGCUGGAGGGCGAGAAACGAGGCGUGUAUGCUGGCGCCGUCGGUUACUUCGGUUUCAACCGUGCCAGCGUGGACGGGUCGACGGAACUGCCGGGCGCGAUGGACACGUGCAUUGCGCUGCGGACGAUGCUGCUCAAGGACGGGGUCGCAUACCUGCAAGCGGGCGGUGGUAUCGUGUUCGACUCGGACCCGUAUGACGAGUAUGUCGAAACGCUGAACAAGCUGGGGGCCAACAUCGCGUGUAUCAAGGGUGCGGAGGAGAAGUAUCUCCUGCUAGAGCGGGAGGCCGCGGCAUCCGAGCAGAGAUGAAAAAAAAAAAAAAAAAAAA